AUGUUCACUGGUCGUUCGUUAUGUUGCUUGAUUUGCAUGCAGCCGGUAAAUGCAUUGAAUACUGGUGGUUUACUAAGUGUUGCAUUGAGUGUCGGUGUUGCUGGAAGACAUCAGAGAGACGGUACAGGUGGAUACGAUGUUACCGAGGCACAAAUGACCGUUAUAGGCAUUCUUCUAUUAACAGCCACAUUUGGUACUGGCCUUUGGACGGAAAAG